UCUGAUGGUCGUAAACUUCAGCAAUCGCUACCAUUCUACGCAAAGUGGGCUACAUACGUGCAAAAAAAAUAGAUUCCGGCCAAGAUUCAGGGGUAUGGUGGGUCCAUGUAGCGUGAUGACUUGGACGCGUGCUGCUAACACAGCCUGCGGCUGGUCCAACACCAUCAAGAUAGGACAAUGCCACCGAAAGCGCUUGAUACCUUCCGAGCCCUCAAAAGCUCAAGCAUUAGACCAAACACAACCUGUGACGCCCCGCGUACUUCCCCCAAGGGCUGCAUCGCCUAAUCCACCCUUUUUGUUCACCUAGGGAAGCUUGGAGAUGCUAUCUCGAGCUGAUACAAUACAGGUGGCUUGGUUGAUUGCUUGUAUCAAACCUUCCAUGACACGGGCAGCCGACACUUGUCCGCCUCAAGAGCAACGGAACACAUCUCGCUGAUUACCGAUUCAGGAUAAGGCAGUUUCGCAUACCGCUUUCCCUCGCACAGCACAGGUCCCUGAUGCCAACUAGUCGAGCGCACUGUAGUCUGCGUCCACGUGAAAGCCCCUAUAGAGUCUGGUGUCAAAUUCAAGGUUCUUACAUUAUAGCUACCGCCGCGUUCUCACUCUAUUCGCGAGUACAAUUGUCGUCAUGGCGAGACUACACACAACAUCAUCGCUCUUAUGGUUCCUCAUUACUUCUCGCUAUCACCGCGCCGCAUAUUUCUAGCGAUUCCAUGAUUGCUCGACUCGGAAAGCAGCCCUCCUCCAACUCUCCUUCCCCUCCCCUUUAAACCCGAUCGAGAGCAAGCCUGCUGGGUUCAGCAUGAACAAGGGGGCGGAUUUCAGAACUUUCGUGAGAUUUUCUUGAUCUACGC